UGCAGUCUUCCCCAGCAUCAGCUUCAGUCUGAGCCGCCUGGGCUGAGCAGACGCCUGUCCGGAUGGAGGGCAAACCGUUCACCUGAUCCGUCGCGGCACUCGUGGGGUUUUUGGGGCCACGAACGACGCAUGGAAACGUAGUCGUUUGGAUAUAUUUUUUUUCCCCAAGAGAAAGCGGCUCAAGUUGAGAGUAAUAUUCCACGAAUAUGAAUGUGAAGCCAUCAUGUUGCAUCAGUCAGCGUGAUUUGCUAUGGUGACACUACAAGCUAACCCCGAGCUAGCAGAGGGAUUGUUUUGGGAGAUACCUUUUUUUUUUCCCGAAGAAAAAAACAACAACCUCAUACCCCUGCACAUGAAUUGGCUUUUUUUGCGUGUGUGAAUUUUUUCAUCAGGCUGGAACACAAAGGGGAAUGUCUAACCAAGGGGUGAGGAGAAACGGCCCAGUGAAGCUGCGGUUGACAGUCCUGUGUGCAAAGAACCUGGCAAAGAAAGACUUCUUCCGGUUACCAGAUCCCUUUGCCAAAGUGGUGGUGGACGGUUCAGGACAAUGUCACUCUACAGAUACUGUGAGAAAUACGCUGGACCCGAAGUGGAAUCAACAUUAUGAUCUAUACAUUGGAAAGGCAGACUCCAUUACCAUCAGUGUGUGGAACCACAAGAAGAUCCACAAAAAGCAGGGUGCAGGUUUCCUGGGCUGUGUCCGCCUCCUGUCCAAUGCCAUCAACAGGCUAAAAGACACUGGCUGUAAGUACCUGUUAUAUCAGAGACUGGACCUGAAUAAACUGGGCCCUAAUGACAAUGAUACUGUGAGGGGACAGAUAGUUGUAAGUCUUCAGUCAAGGGAUCGUAUCGGGACAGGAGGGCCGGUGGUGGACUGCAGUCGUCUGUUCGACAAUGACUUACCCGAUGGAUGGGAGGAGAGGAGGACGGCUUCUGGAAGGAUACAGUAUCUGAACCACAUCACACGUACCACACAAUGGGAGAGGCCGACCAGGCCAGCGUCCGAGUACUCCAGCCCAUCAGGGCGUCCACUAAGCUGCGUGGUGGACGAGAACACGCCAGUGAUGACGCCCAUUAAUGGGGCCGAGGCCAGCGUCCCACCAGGGGAACAGCGGGUCCAGGAGAGACGGGUUCGAUCACAGCGCCAUCGCAACUACAUGAGUCGGACGCACCUGCAUACACCGCCUGACCUCCCGGAGGGUUAUGAGCAAAGAACAACCCAGCAGGGCCAGGUCUACUUCCUCCACACACAGACUGGAGUCAGCACCUGGCAUGACCCCCGGGUACCCAGGGACCUGAGCAAUGUGAACUGCGAGGAGCUCGGCCCACUGCCGCCAGGCUGGGAGAUUAGAAACACAGCCACCGGCCGCGUCUACUUUGUUGACCACAACAAUCGAACAACACAGUUCACAGACCCACGACUCUCUGCUAACCUGCAUCUAGUACUCAACCCAAGUUCAAAUGGUUCCCGUGUGGCCACGGACAGCCAAAACACUAACCUCAGUCAUCCUCCGCCUCAGAUGAAGGAGCAGGGCGGUCCCGGGGGUCCUCAGCCAGCUUUGUCACCAGCCCAGUUACCUGAAGAAGCAGAGUGCCUGACGGUGCCCAAAUACAAGAGAGACCUGGUGCAGAAGCUGAAGAUCCUGCGGCAGGAACUGUCUCAGCAACAGCCCCAGGCUGGCCACUGCCGCAUCGAGGUCUGCCGUGAGGAGAUAUUUGAGGAGUCGUACCGGCAGGUGAUGAAGAUGCGUCCAAAGGAUCUCUGGAAAAGGCUGAUGAUCAAGUUCAGAGGAGAGGAAGGACUGGACUAUGGUGGGGUAGCAAGGGAAUGGUUAUACCUGCUGUCCCAUGAGAUGCUGAACCCCUACUACGGCCUGUUCCAGUACUCCAGAGAUGACAUCUACACUCUACAGAUUAAUCCUGACUCUGCCGUCAACCCGGAGCACCUGUCGUACUUCCACUUUGUCGGUCGCAUCAUGGGAAUGGCGGUGUUCCAUGGCCACUACAUCGACGGAGGCUUCACUCUGCCCUUCUACAAACAGCUGCUGGGAAAACCGAUCACGCUGGACGACAUGGAGUCUGUUGAUCCUGACCUUCACAACAGCCUCGUCUGGAUUCUGGACAAUGACAUCACCGGUGUCCUGGACCACACUUUCUGUGUAGAGCACAAUGCCUACGGGGAAAUCAUCCAACAUGAACUGAAACCUAACGGCAAGAGUAUGCCCGUCUCAGAGGACACCAAGAAGGAGUAUGUCAGGUUGUAUGUGAACUGGCGUUUCCUGCACGGCAUCGAGGCUCAGUUUCUGGCCUUGCAGAAAGGCUUCAAUGAGGUUAUCCCUGAACACCUUCUCAAAGCCUUUGACGAGAAGGAACUGGAGCUGAUUGUGUGCGGCCUGGGCAAGAUUGACAUCUCAGACUGGAAGUCCAACACCCGUCUGAAGCACUGCACCCCCGACAGCAACAUUGUGAAGUGGUUCUGGAAAGCCGUGGAGUCGUUUGACGAGGAGAGGAGGGCCCGACUACUGCAGUUUGUCACUGGCUCAUCCAGAGUCCCGCUGCAAGGCUUCAAGGCUUUACAGGGUGCUGCAGGGCCCAGACUCUUCACCAUCCAUCAGAUUGAUGCCAACGCCAACAAUCUGCCAAAAGCCCAUACCUGCUUCAAUCGGAUCGACAUUCCACCCUACGAGAGUUACGACAAGCUGUAUGACAAGCUGCUGACGGCGAUCGAGGAGACCUGUGGCUUCGCGGUGGAAUGAGAGACGUAUCGGAAAGUGUGUCUGUGUGUGAACACGUGUUACUGUGUGCAAGACUCUGAUAGGUUAUUGUUGUAACUGCAUCAUGCCGACAGGUUCGCUCCGAGCCGGAUAGUGCAUCUUUGACCAGCCUGCAGUCUUCCUCUUAUCUCACCUCUGUCCACAUACUUUUCUAAUUGUUAUGAGUUUAAACAGCUGCUAGAGUCUUCCCAUCCUGUUUGGGGUUUUUUUAAUUUGUUUUUGUUUUUUGGUGUAAUUUGAUAUACAGAGAGAAAAUUAAGCAGCAUUUCUUUCAACAGUUUUGUUUUCAUUUUGAGCGGGCAAUUUUUUUGCUGACUCCCUUUCCAGUCAGAAUAAGAAAAGGUGGAAAAAACAGCAAUGUCUGGUCGUCUUACUUUGAAGCUAAUCAAAUCAGGAAGCAGAUCAUCUACAUACAGUUCAAUCGAUCUCUUACAAAAGUGUUUCUUUUACAAAUUCUUGUGCGGCAUUUGAGAACAGCGAGGCACGAUUUUGUUUUGAAAUUUGAACUGAUUGAAAAGAUCCUCUUCAUGCUACUGAAUCUUUAACAUUGCAGGUAGCCAUAUCUUGCCCUAACUAGCCAUCCUAACCUCAACCAAUACAGGAGCGUCACAAAUUCAUCCUACCUCAGUGUAAUGUUUUGACGUUUAAAAGGUUUCAUUCCAAAAUGCUAUUUAUCAUAUUUGUAAAAGUUGGUAGCUUCUGUUAUUCAAAUUCAGAAUAGAGUAGCUCAAGUUUUUACUACAAUGCUCCAAAAUGAGUUCAAUUUUUACACCUGCAGUUAUUUUAUACCUGUUAGACCAUAUGAUUUAAAUCAUUUUGAAAUGGAACUCAGACACUGACUUGGAUGCACAGUAGGUCUGAGGUCUUGUGGUGUUUUCAGUCGAGCUUGUGGCGAUUUUAUAAAUGUGGGGAACGGACUCUGGUGAAGAAGAAGGCAUAAAUCAUUUUUUUUCUUUUUCUUACCUGAAUAACUGCACACUUUGGCAACAGCUCUUGUAAACGUGUGUCUGUGUUUUGUCUGCAUGUUUACACAAAUGUACGUUCGUAUGCAAAGAAGGUAGACAUUUUGUAGACGAGUUCCCCUUCAACUCUGCCGGCACAGUAUCCUGGGUGUGUGGUUGUGUGUCGCUGAAACGCAGUUUGAACCUCACAGUUUGAGCCUGUUUCGUCUUCCUUUUCUCUUAUUCAAACGUCUGUCCCCUGCGGUUACAAGUAUGCAUGUUUUUUGUUUGUUUUUUAUCAUUCUAUCCAACCCAGCGUAACUCAGAACACUUCCUGUCAGAUCAUAUGUGAAGGGCACGACUGUCCUCGGGACCAGGCAUGAUUAAGGAGUCUUUCAGGGCAGAUGUCUAUUUUAAAUCACAUCAUUUUAUUAAGACAGUGAUGUUUCCUUCUCUCUCUCUGUCUCUUGUCACUUUAGAGCACUUUACAAGCCAAGCAGUGAUGGCAGGAGUGCUUUCUUCACGUUUGAUUCAUAUAUAUCACGUUUCAUUUGCUAUUCAAUUACAUUAGAAAUAUACAGAGGUAAAAAAAGUAUCUAUACACCUGUAAUGUUUGAGUAUAUAUAUGUACAAAUGCAUAGCUAUUUUGUAUAUUGUUGCUUUUUCUUUCUGUUCAAUUCAAAUGCAAGCAUGUUGCUGUCUGUCACAGACCUCUUUGCAUUCUCAGGUGAAGUUGUUCCUUUUUAUUUUUAUUUUUUAUUUUUUUUUAAACAUUUAUUAGGCAAAUAUGUGAGAAAGGCUAAAACUGGUUUAAAUGGAAACUAUAUUUCAGAGGACCCGUCUCUAAGCCCAUGAUGGAGUGUUAAACUUUCUUCUUCAGUUUGAAGUGUGAUUUUCUUUUGGUCAACAGACACACACACAGCUACACACACCUCUUCAUAGGCGAACAAGAAUGGCUAUAUUUGCUGCUCUGGACAUCUGUGUCACCAGUGAAAACCAAACAGCACAGGACAACUAUGUUUUUGCUAAUGCUCAAGAACAGUCUGUUUAUCACAUGAAUAUUUAAAUGUUGAGGAAAAUGGCCUGAAUGCUGUCGGUGGCUUCACGUCCUCCGAGCUGCAAAUGUAGGCUGCCGGCUGCUGCUGAGCUCCUGGGUGCUACAUGGUGAAAAUAUUCAGGCAAAAUUAAAAUUCACUAAAAACCAGAAAGGCCAAAUCAAAAAGAAUCUCAAUCACCUGAGCCAAAACAAACCCCCAAACCCUCUGCUUGAACUUGCUUGAGAGAUCAAGCCUAUUUAUUUGCUUUAUUAUUAUAAGAAAAGAUGUUGACUUGGAAAAAUCCGUAAAAUUUUCUUUUUUUUAAAUAUAUGUAUUCUGCCUGCAUUUAUUUUCAACCGUGAACAGUUUGUUAGCUGAUGCUCUUUUUUUUUUUUUUGUCAUCAUGAGAUAAAACAAAACGGAGUACACUGACAUCGACAUCUUUGUCCGGCUGCAGAAAACGGAUUGAUAUUACCUUUAAUAAACUGACUCAGAAGCAGAAAGGAAACGCAUUACAAGUUUGUUGCACAUAUUAUGCAUACUUGGGCUCAAGAUAUAAUCAGAUACUUCCUUCUAUUUACCAAAUAGUUAAUGGACUGAUUGAUUUUUAUGUAGAUAACACACACAUUCUUGAUAUGCACACAUGUAUGUUUGUCCAGUGCACACGGUCCUCUCCUCUUUGUUACUUUUUGUUGGCACCAAGUUUUCUGGCUGGUUCAGUCUUCAGUGCAAAAGUUGUGUGGGGGUUGAGAACAGGAAACCUCAGUCAAGCAGAACAAAUUGUACAAUGACAUGUAUACGAUACAAUUUUGUAGAGCACUGUUAACUUACCGAGCUUUGAUGGGAAGACGUUUGUGUCUACUCAGAUCUGAUCUGGUUAAUCUUAUGAACACAGUUAUGAAUUGUAAUGGUGUUUGAUCGGACACAAACCACAACAACAAGCUCUCUAACUUUUAGCACAAAUUCACAGUUUAAUGUGCAAGUUUGCGUGUGUGAAAAUGACUUGAUUGAAUUCAGUACAAAACAGAUUUUUUUUCUUUUAACUGCACCAUGUUUUAUUUCUUUGACUCUCUCUGUUUUUGUAUUUAUUAUUACAGUAUACGUGUUCAUAGUUUUUUCACAUCAGCUGCUCUGUGAGCUUGUAACUGACACCUGUACAUACAAGGACAAUAAAGAAGCAAUGUAAGAAACUUCUUGUAGCCUUGCAGAAAGCUGAGCAAUAAAACUAUGCUGUUUGGACCUCACAGCAUCAUGUUUUACAGAA